UGUCAUUGUAAUAAAAUGUCAAAAUCGCUGAAAGUUGUUGAUAGUUUCAAAAAUGGAACUACAAGACACUUAUUACAAUAAGUCUGAAUAUGUUGAAACAGCUUCGGGUAACAAAGUAAGUCGACAGACUGUACUGUGUGGCUCUCAAAAUAUAGUUUUACAUGGUAAAGUAAUCGUUCAGAGCGAUGCAAUCAUCAGAGGAGACCUAGCGAAUGUGAAGACCGGAAGAUUUUGUAUUAUAAGCAAAGGGUCUGUAAUACGACCUCCAUUCAAGAAAUUUAGCAAAGGGGUGGCCUUCUUCCCCCUACAAAUGGGAGACCAUGUUUUUGUUGGUGAAAAUACAGUUGUAAAUGCAGCAGUUGUUGGUUCAUUUGUUUACAUUGGAAAAAAUGUUGUCAUUGGAAGAAGAUGUGUUCUUAAAGACUGCUGCAUGAUUGAAGACAACUCAGUGUUACCAGCAGAGACGGUUGUUCCUUCCUUUGCAAGAUAUUCUGGAAGUCCUGCUCGUCUCAUAACAACUCUCCCUGAAGCUAUGCCUGACCUGAUGACGGAAUUCACCAAGAAUUAUUAUCAACAUUUUUUACCAACUACUGUAAAUUAGUAUUUUGCUUAAUUAAUAUUAUAUUGUUAAGCUUAAAAUAUUGUAAAAUGGUUAACAUCCUAAUAAUAAGAUAUCAUGCUGCUAAAUGCACUUUGCAUUAUAUAAUGAUGAUGUAUCAAGUUUUGUAUUAUAAUGUAA